AGUCCCGUCUACCCAGCCCGGAAGCCGUACUCAAAACCCCAGACCGGCAGGCGCCGCCGCGACCCGCCACGCCGCCAUGCCCGCCGCCGCGGCGCUCCGGGCGACUGAACCGCUGCUCCUCCCGAGCGGGCUUUCUCUCUCGCCGCGCCUCAAGCUUCUUCUCACCUUCUUCCGCGCCGACCUCACCGUCCGCCCCCUCGACGAGUGGCAGCUCAAGUCCGCACUCCUCGCCUUCCUUCGCGACCCGCCUCUCUCGCUCCCGCUCCUCCCUGACUCCGACCUCUCCGUGCACCGCCUCCCCGACCUCCAGAAGCGUCGCCGCGAGGAACCUGUUGCAUCUGGCGUCCUCCACGUCCGCGACCUCUCCUUCCUCCGCCCCCGCAAGGGCGAUGGCGAGGCCGAUGGGAUGACCGCGGAACAGGAGGAGGAGAAGUACAUCGAGUGGCGGAGCUCCCUGGUCGAGAAGCUCGAAGGCAUCGAGCUCAACCUGGAGGGAGUCAAGUUCCGGAUGACAGUCGAGAUCCCGCCGUCCGAUGACUUCAGGGUGAUGAAGAAAUCGUGGGAGAAUUUCUACUCCUCCGAGCUACUCAAUAGCAGGAACCCGGUGAGGAAGAUAGCAAAAAGGCCGGACACGAUUGUUGUCCGUGGUGUGCCGUCCAGGUGGUUUGCAGAAAUAAGAGUAUCAUCCAAGCCAUCUACGCUGGUCACGCACACAAUUUUCUCAGCACUUGGUAAAAUAAGGACCCUAAAUAUUGCAAAUGAUGAUGAGUUAGAAGCAAAAGAAGAUGUCUCUACUAAGGAGCUCAUAUCUGGACUCAAUUGCAAAGUUUGGGUGCAAUUUGAGAACUACGAUGACUUCCAUGAUGCAAUGAAGGCGUUAUGUGGACGUUCUUUAGAGAAGGAAGGAUCACGGUUGAAAGUAGACUAUGACGUGACCUGGGACCGCGAAGGUUUCUUCCGUAUUGCUCAGUAUGAGCCUGCUCAUAGCAGGUUAGGUGAGAGGGAUGCAUCAGCAUCAGUUCAUGGCCGGAAGAAACAUUACACUUCCCGAAUCGAGUCAGAUCAUAGGAAGAGAUUUAGGGAUUGAUGACGCAAGAGUAUGGUAUGAGCAACACUGUUAUUCCAUGAGGAGAGGGAAACGGCUGUUCUGUACCAUUGUAUUGCUUCAUUCUCAGAUUUCUUUUUUUUCCUCCUUUCAUUGUCAAUUAACCUAACAGAAAAAUCAUUCUGAUAGUUACUGAUCUGUAGUUAUGACUAUCAGUAUUGUGCUGGUUAAUACCCAGAGGGCAGAGAGCGCAACAAAACACAACAGUUUUUUCUUGUCUAAGAAUUUGAUAGAUUGAGGACCGGUGGCGCAGCCCAUGCUCCUUGAUCAGUGACAAUUGCAUCUGAGUUCA